AUGGCCUCAGACCACCAGAUGCAGGCGGGCAAGCCCCAACCCCUCGACCCUAAGAUCAUCAUCUUUGAGCAGGAAAACUUCCAGGGUCACUCCCAUGAGCUCAGCGGGCCCUGCCCCAACCUGAAGGAGACUGGCAUGGAGAAGGCAGGCUCCGUCCUGGUGCAGGCUGGACCCUGGGUGGGCUAUGAGCAGGCCAAUUGCAAGGGUGAACAGUUUGUGUUUGAAAAGGGUGAGUACCCACGCUGGGACUCCUGGACCAGCAGCCGGAGGACAGACUCCCUCAGCUCUCUGAGGCCCAUCAAAGUGGACAGCCAAGAGCACAAGAUCAUCCUGUACGAGAACCCCAACUUUACUGGAAAGAAGAUGGAGGUAGUGGAUGAUGACGUGCCCAGCUUCCACGCCCACGGCUACCAGGAGAAGGUGUCUUCUGUGCGGGUGCAGAGUGGCACAUGGGUCGGGUACCAGUACCCUGGCUACCGUGGGCUGCAGUACCUGCUGGAGAAGGGGGACUACAAGGACAGCAGCGACUUCGGGGCCCCUCACCCCCAGGUGCAGUCUGUGCGCCGCAUCCGUGACAUGCAGUGGCACCAGCGAGGCGCCUUCCACUCCUCCAGCUAGAGCCCCGGCCUUCCUCUCCCCAGGGGCCAGGCCCACCACCCCGGGGGCCUCCUGACACUCAGAGUGAAUAAAGUGUA